AUGCCGGCGAAGAAAGGGCAGGCCUCCAAGCCUGCGCAGGCGGCCGCAGCGCAAACCAGCAGGAAACGAAAGGCGGGUGGCCAGAAAUACUACGCUGUGCGUACUGGACAUAGGCCAGGCGUGUAUCUGUUUUGGGAAGAGUGUCAAAAGCAUAUUGCUGGAUUUAAGGGCUGCGUUCACAAGAGCUUCGACAACCGCGAGGACGCCGAGGCAUUUGCAGCUGGCGAAGAGACUUCCGAAGAGGCCAACGCCGAACCGACGAGAUUUUACGGGGUGGCUGUUGGCGUCGCGCCUGGGAUUUACACCAAGUGGCCGGACGCACAGCUCGCCAUCAAAGGAGCGACGGCUCCGAAGUACAAGCGGUUCGACACGCGGGCUGAUGCCGUGGAAUAUAUUCGCGCAUAUGGCAACGAAGCUGCGCAGGCGACCCUCCUCGACGAAGAGGGCGUCGAGCCUCCCGCCAAGAAGAGCAAGAAGACCUCAACCGACACUGGGAGUACCGUUCAGGAUGAACCGGACGUCUUGCAAGUCUUCACAGACGGCAGCAGCCUUGCCAAUGGCCGCAAGGGCGCGGCUGCUGGCGCCGGCGUUUACUUUGGGAAGAAUGACAAGCGUAACGUCUCCGAACGCCUUGAGGGGGAGGCACAAACCAACCAGCGGGGUGAACUCACCGCCAUCCUUCGUGCUUUGGAAGCAGUACCUACCAAACAGAAGAUGCGUAUCAUCACCGACAGUCAGUAUUCCAUCAACUGCGUGACCGAGUGGGUCAACAACUGGCAGAAGAAUGGAUGGAAGACCAAAGCGGGAGAGGUGAAAAACAGAGACCUCGUUGAGAAAAUCAAGACCCUACUGGACAAGCGAGAGGCAGCCGGUACGGGUACCUUGUUCCAAUGGGUCAAGGGACAUGCGGCUUCUGCUGGCAAUAUAGAAGCGGACAAGCUCGCUGUAGCGGGUGCUAAGAAGGUUAGGAACCUGAGCUGA